CAUAACUGUACAAUCUGUAUCUAUUAACAAACAAAAAUGAAUUAUUUGGUAAGAAUGUUCGAUAUAUAAAAGUUGCUAUGAUUCUUUUGUGAUUCUUGAAUUUUUGUUGCUGGUUGUUGCCAACGAACUCUUGUUGGUCGAGUUUACAUUAUAUUAUGGAGUAAAUUCCAUGAUAAAGUUUUUGAAAAUAUACAGGUCCACAUAAAAGGCCAGGCCAUUUUCUACAAGUAUAAAUAAAAUAACAAAUAUUAUAUAAACAGUUGCAAACCAUACUAUUUUUCUAUUUUAAUUAUAAACAUUAAUUUAUAAUAAUAGUCAAGUAGCAUGAUAAACAUAUUUUUAUAACAGAAAAAAAAACUGAUAAAUCUUUUCGUAUAAUGUAUUUGUUGAAAUGCUGGUUUCAGUGAUUUUCUAUGGAGCUGUUUUGUUUAAUGAUAAAACAUCCUAAAAUUCUAUAUAAAACUCAUAAUAAGCUAGAACAUCCACAUUAGGAGUAUUUUAAAGGAUCAUCCAAUGAGAACAAAAGAAAAAUAUUGAAAAAGAAGGAAAAUGGUGUGGAAAUGCUAGAAAAGUUUUUUAAAUUAGAUAUGUAAUAUUUUUCUUUUUGAGAAGCCCAUCUUCACAUGUCAUAUUGAUUUAGAUUUUUUUUAAAUAAAUAGAUAAUCAAAUUUUAAUUAAAAAAACCAAUGUUGUAUUUGGGUUGAUACUUAUAAGAGUAUCUCACCAUUGAAGAAGUUUUUAUGCUCUAUAGUCUAUACUAUUUCACAUGGCAUAUCCGAGAGAAACACAAAAAUAACAAAAACAUGUAUUCAACAGUACAUGUUAGUGCAUGCACAUAUGAUAUGAAUGACAUCAUCAGCCAUCUUGACUUGUUGUCACUAUUGCUCAACGUGACUAUUAUUAAAGACUGCAUAGUAAAUGGUUAUUACCGUGGCGUAAUAAUAUGUAUUGUAACAACUGGUGUUGUGUCAUUAACUCAAGAAGCAAAAGAUGGAUGCUCAUCAUGUGAGUUCACCACCGCUCCUUCAAAACAAAGCCAACAAACACCCAUUUAAACACAUUUAUAUUUAAUUAUCUCACUCCUCUCAUAUUAAAGUAAUCAUCACCUCACUUUUAUCUCUCUCUCUCUGUUUUAUUCUUGUGAAUGUGUUGUAGAGAAGAAGAAUGGCUUCAAGUGCUUCAAAGUUCAUCAAAUGUGUAACUGUUGGUGAUGGUGCCGUUGGUAAAACCUGUAUGCUCAUCUGCUACACCAGCAACAAGUUCCCUACUGACUAUGUACCAACGGUUUUUGACAACUUUAGUGCAAACGUUGUAGUUGAAGGAACUACUGUGAACUUAGGGCUAUGGGAUACUGCUGGGCAAGAAGACUAUAACAGAUUAAGGCCUUUAAGUUACAGAGGAGCAGAUGUUUUCGUCUUGUCUUUCUCAUUGGUUAGCCGAGCUAGCUAUGAAAAUGUUUUUAAAAAGUGGAUCCCUGAACUCCAACACUUUGCUCCAGGAGUUCCAUUAGUUCUUGUCGGUACCAAAUUAGAUCUCCGUGAGGAUAAGCAUUAUCUGGCUGACCAUCCUGGACUAUCCCCUGUAACUACUGCACAGGGAGAGGAGUUGCGUAAGCUAAUUGGUGCAACAUAUUACAUUGAAUGUAGCUCAAAAACUCAACAGAAUGUCAAAGCAGUUUUUGAUUCGGCAAUCAAGGAAGUGAUCAAACCGGUGGUUAAACAGAAGGACAAGACCAAGAAAAAGAAGAAGCAACAGUCGAAUCACCACGGGUGUUUAUCGUGAGUAAACGUUUUGUGUGGGAGGAUAGUGACUCGGCAUUGAUGAUAACCCAAACUCUGUCUGAUGUUUUGUAUUCCACUUUUGAGUUUGUAUGAUAAAUGAGAGACAUUAUAUAUAUAUAUAUAUAGAUUGAAUCAUAGUCAAUCAAUAGUUUACAUGGAAGAGAGAGAUAGAGAGCUUUUACUAUUAUUGUCAAACUCAAUUAUGUUUUAUUUGUUUCAAACCUGUCACUGCAAUAUA